AUGUCACACUCAAGGCUGGUCUCGAUAGGAUCAUCCGUUGCAUCGAUCUCCAACCACAACCACCCGCAAAAAAUAGGACCCUGGAAGUUGGGCAAGACAUUGGGCAGAGGUGCAACUGGAAGAGUGCUUUUAGCGACACACCAAUCAACGGGCCAGAAAGCUGCUGUCAAGGUUGUAUCGAAAUCAGAAUUACAGGAAGAAGAUGGAACUAUAGGUUACAAUAAUAACAAUAACAAAGACAACAAUGCGAAUGGCAAGGAUAAUGAAAAGGAAGAAGGGUUGCCAUAUGGCAUAGAGAGAGAAAUCAUCAUUAUGAAAUUACUAAAUCAUCCCAAUGUAUUGAGACUAUACGAUGUCUGGGAGACUUCUAAAGCUCUAUACCUUGUGCUAGAGUAUGUCGAAGGCGGAGAGUUAUUUGAUUUAUUGGUAGAACGGGGUGCUUUACAAGAAGCAGAAGCAAUCAAAUAUUUCCGUCAAAUCAUCUUGGGAACUGCAUACUGUCACGCAUUGGGAAUAUGUCACAGAGACUUAAAACCAGAAAACUUGUUACUCAAUGCACAAUUGAAUGUCAAAUUGGCUGACUUUGGAAUGGCAGCCUUGGAAAGCAAUGACAAAUUACUUGAAACUUCAUGCGGAUCUCCACACUAUGCAGCACCAGAAAUUGUUAGCGGCUUGAAAUACCACGGCGCUGCUUCUGAUGUUUGGUCUUGUGGUGUGAUCUUGUUUGCCCUCCUCACAGGUCGUUUACCCUUUGACGAUGAAAAUAUCCGAAAUUUAUUGCUCAAGGUUCAAGCAGGAAACUUUGAAAUGCCCCUGGACGAGAUCAGCUACGAUGCCCAGGACUUAAUAGCCAAGAUGUUGGAAGUGGACCCCACACGAAGAAUUAGUACCGAUAAAAUACUCAAGCACCCAUUAUUGACCAAGUACCCCAUACCCAACGAGGACUUGAUCAGUGAAAAGUCAUUGCCACAUCCCGAAACUGCGUACAAGUCUCUUGGAUCAACAAAAAACAUUGAUAAACAAAUAUUAUCGAAUCUUUCCAUAUUAUGGGCAGACCGAAGCGAACAGGAAAUUAUAGAUGCGUUGCUCAGACAUGGACCUAACCCAGAAAAGACUUUUUACGCCUUGUUGAUGAGGUACAAACACACUAGUGACGACACACUGUCAAAACCCAAAAGAUCUACAAGUUUCAACAACAAGAAUAGUGCAAUGACUAGAAGCAGCUCAAUCGGCAAAUCCACCACUCCAAUGAGAAAACGUGCAAGUCAAAUAAGUGUUUCUCGUCCCACAUCAUUUCAGUAUAAAAAUGGUUCUCUUCCUCCUCCUCCUCCACCACCGCCCCUUUCAUCAACUGGAGCUUAUCAAUACAAUAACCAUAAUCAUAUGAAUAAUAGUGGAAGCAAUAGAAACAACCGAUUAUCUGCAGCUUCUUCAGCACACACAUCGCCAAGAAAGUCACCUAGAAAGAGGAGAUCCUAUGCAAGAUCUCCUAGUAAUUCACCUUACAAAUCUAAACCGCUCAGAAUGCAAGAUAAUCCAGCAAUUUCCGCAAACCCUAGGAACAUAUACAACGAGAUUAUCAGUGCUCAAAGUUCACAAUCAAUCCCGCCUUCAUUGCCCUCAAAAGAUUCUUAUAAUUUAGGUUAUCAACAGCAGCAACAACAACAGUCCUCUUCUUUACCUCGGGUUGAAGAGAAUCCCAUUGUUGAUGAAUCACCAAACCUUCUUCAACCCGCCAAAUUGUCUCCUUCAAAACGGUCUUCUGUUAUUUCCAAACCAACCAAAAGACAAUCGAAACGAAAAUCACUUCGUAUGUCAAUGACUAAAGGGUUGGUGAGAAAUUCAGUCACCAUGAAGCUAUUGUCUACGUAUGCAAAGUUGGCUGGUGAAGAUGAUUGGGAAUACAUGGAUAAGCAGACAAAGAGAACCUCGGCAACUUUUGCAGCCUUGUGUGACAAGAUUUUCAAUCAAGAAGAUUACAACGAAGACGAGGAAAAUUUGGUUGAUCCUGAAGAACUCGAGGCUAGGGAAUAUGAGAGAUUAAUGGAAAUUGAGAGGAGGAAACACGAAGCUGAAUUGAAAGCCCGUAAAGAACUUGAAAAGAAGAAAAAGAGGCAGAAUAGAAGGUCUCUACUUAGUUCAAAGAAAUUAAGUAUCAUUGUAAAGGAUGAUAAUGAUCCAAACAACAGUGAACAAGACUUGAUUCAAACAGAGCUGGGUAUUAAACAACCAAAACGUCAGUCUAAACAUAUGGGAGCUUUGCGAGCCUUGUCGGAAGGCGAUGGUGCUCAAUCGGAUGAACUUACUGUUGAAGAUAUGGAGAGACUCAAAAGGAGAUCAGCUAGUCAACCAGUGCCGAAAAGAAAACAAACACCAAUCUUGACAAGGCGGCCCGUAUCAAGAUUGGAUCCUUUGUGGCAAGCCCAUCACAAUGAAGAGAUUGAAAAGGCUCAAGACGCUUUAGAGCAGGAAUGGAGGGAAUCGAAAAAGAAGGAAGAGAUUCAAAAGCGCAAAAAGAUCAAUAGGGAAUCAAUGAUCUCUGUGAUGGAUGACAUUUUGGAAGAAGAUAAUGCUGCAGAAAAUAAGCUCGAAAGGCGAACAACACGGGAUACUUAUUACGAGAAGGAUGUCGAUUACGAACUACCAGAACCCAACGUUGAGCAUUCUAACUUGACUGAUGACUAUAUGACUGAAAUCCGCAAGUCUAGACUUCUUAAUAGUCAAAUGAAUUUGAAAAAGAUUGCAAAUGGAGAAGAAGGCACUGGCUCUGGCACUGGCUCUGGCAUUGCGGGAGAUGGAAAAACAGCUGCUGAGGCUGAGCCCAAGACCUUGAUUGGAAAUGUUAGAAUCCCCACGGUAACUAGAAAGUCGAGAAACUUUACCAACUCCAACAAGCGCUUAUCGGUAUUAUCACUUUACUCAACAAAAGCUUCAUAUCGUGACUUGAAUUCUAUCAUUGAUGCUCAUAAUCCAGAGGAAGAUCUUGCAAAGAUGCCUACGAUGCGCACUAGUUUUGCCGAUAGAUUAGACAAAGCAGGUCAAGUGGAAAAGUAUGGUGAGGAUGCUGAUAUUGAUGUUGUCGAUGCAGGUGCUGAUGCAGACGACCAUUCCGUAAUGGACUUUGACGAGCAUUUGGCAAAUAAGAGAUACUCUUACUAUGAUGCCAACAAGAGAGCCUCGCGUGCUUCGACGACCAAAAGAUAUGACAAAUCUGCAAGACCAACUUCCAAAGUACCUGCAUUACCUACGGAAGAACAUGAUGAGACUUUUGCUAGUAGAAGUGAUGACGCGCGCAAAUACAACAAUCACAAAUCAAUUUUGACAGAUGACUCAAGUGUUACCGAUGACGUCUUUGACAAGAUUAAGUUGCCUGAUGGAAAAUCAACAAAGUCCUCAAUUGAUGCAUUGGCCAAUGGUACAUCAAACACCGGCCACAAGAAUCCAAAGCCUCAGCAAAAGAAUGCAAGAUCAUCAAUUCCGGAAACUGAGACACAUCAUCCACGACUUGCUGAACAAAACAAAGAUGCAAAUUCUAGACCGAUGUCGAAAGUAAGGGAUUCGAAGGCUCAAAAUAAUUUACCGCCAGCUCCUCCUCCUCAUACGGCGCAAUCAAAGAAGCCAUUGGAUGAUAAAACAAACAACUAUGACGACUCAACACAAAAGAGUAAAAAAGGCUCCUUUUUCAGAAAGUUAUCGUGGGGUACUAAAACACAAACAGCAAAUAAACAAGCAUCUUCGGGGAACAAUGGACAAUUACCUACGCCGACAGAGUCGGAUGAAGAAAAACCCAUGUCAGCUUUCCGUCGUUGGUUUUCGACAUCCUCGUCGUCUGCGGCGUCAGCGGAAGCGGAAAUACGCAAAUUCAGCACCAUUUUACCUAAAGAUGAAAUGACCUCGGCGUUGUUUGCCUUAUUAAAAUCAUGGUCCAAUUUUGGUCUUAAAGACUUGAAAAAUGAUCAGUACAGCUCUACCAUUACUGGUGCAAUCUCUAAAUACAACUCAUUUGAUUUAAAGAGCUGUAAGUUUAGAAUCAGAAUUGCAUCGAAAAGUCUGAACCAAAAGUCGGAGAUUAUAUGUGUUAGAGUUAAGGGUUCGAAAGUUACUACUGACACACUUUUUGGUGAGAUUGAAAAAGUGUUAUAUAAGGAAGGUGUAAUGGAUGUUUAA